GGCGGCGGUGGCCGCCCUGGAUUUCGAAAUAAACCGGCACAACCCUCCUUCCUUCCCGCUUGCUCCGCACUGCGGCAGCGUCGCUCCGGCCUUCGUUUGUCCCAGGGCCGUGAGCCGCUUGCAGCGCUCGCCGCAGGCCUGCGCGUCGCAGGCCUCAGGCCGCGGUUGGCGGGACGGCGGAGCGGAGGGCCACCGCCUUGCGCGCGUGCAAGCCCCGCCCCUCCCGGUCGCCGCCGGGGACCCGGAAGCACUUUUCCCUCGGCGGGGACAGCUCAGCAGCCAGUGGCAGCAGCGGCUCUGCCUCACCCCGGCUCCGGCCUCCGUGCCCGCCCGCUCCACAGCCGCUGCUCCCCUACCGCCGCUGUCCUGCUGCUGCUCCGCCGCCGCCUCCUCCUCCUCAUGAAGCCCGUCGUCGUCUUUGUCCUCGGCGGGCCCGGGGCGGGCAAGGGGACGCAGUGCGCCCGCAUCGUGGAGAAAUACGGCUACACGCACCUCUCUGCCGGUGACCUCCUUCGAGAUGAACGGAAAAGGCCAGGCUCGCAGUAUGGAGAACUCAUUGAGAACUACAUUAAGGAGGGGGAAAUCGUACCGGUUGAGAUAACAAUCAGUUUGCUGAAGAGGGCUAUGGAUCAAACAAUGGCUGCCAAUUCCCAGAAGAACAAGUUCUUGAUUGAUGGAUUUCCCAGGAAUGAAGAUAAUCUUCAAGGCUGGAAUAAGACUAUGGAUGGAAAGGCGGAUGUUUCUUUUGUUCUCUUUUUCGAUUGUGACAAUGAGAUCUGUAUUAGCCGCUGUCUUGAAAGAGGCAAGAGCAGUGGUAGGAGUGAUGAUAAUCGGGAGAGUCUGGAGAAGAGAAUUCAUACAUAUCUGCAGUCUACUAAGCCUAUAAUAGAUUUGUACGAGAGAAUGGGAAAAGUCAGAAAAGUGGAUGCCUCUAAGUCUGUUGAUGAAGUCUUUGAAAAAGUUGUACAAAUUUUCGACAAAGAAGGCUAAUUCCCAGCUUGAAAGUUCAUUUAAACUUGUGCUUGAAUCUUGCUUGAAUAGCUGCUACUGCAGUCCGUUCUUUGUAAUUGUUUUAAAAGAUUUUUUUUAUUGUUUUUCACAUAUCUAAUGAUGAUUGGAAAAGCAGUUAAUUACAAAUGGAUCUGUUUUUUAAAUAGGAAUUAAUCUCUCGUGGCUAUAGUAAACAAAUUUCAGGGUUCUUCAUUAGUACAAGUUCAGUUACUCCCAUGGCAAAACCACAGUUAAAACAUGUCUCUGAAGAGACUAUUUAUUCUGUCACAGUUCUGUGCCUAUCGUGGACAGCCCUUAUUGCCAUACACUUUUUUUUUUUAAGGAUCAAUUAAACAGCAACAUUAAGCAAUGAGGGACCUGUGUGCCCUUGUUUGUUUUUUGGAUGCUCGGACCAAAUUUAGCAGAUAUUUUUUUCAGAGUAUAAUUUUGUCACAAGUUUCCCUGUAGCCCCCAACCUUGAAUUCUGUAAGUCAAGAUAUAGUUAGUAUGAGAAUCUGUUUUAGCAGUUCUCACAAAACUAUUUAAUAUGCUCUUCAGCAAUAGAUAUACAAAGUAUGUUAUGGAAAGUGGUGCUUUCUUAUGACUCUGGAUAUAAACUGUCUUGUAAGUUCUUGAGUAACUGGAUGACGUGGCCCUGGGCUUUACCUUGUCUUCAUUUGCAACAGGUUAAGAAUAUAAUUUCAAAGUCAGGUCAGUAUUUCCAUACAUAUUUUAAAUGGUGGUUAUAUUCUUAAUUACAGCAUGGUCUUCACAAGAUGGUGAAACUCUUAAAUAGAGUACAAUAAGCAAAAUCUUCUAACAGUUCUGUCUUUUGUAACAAGUGGAAGGGAUUUUCUGUAUUAUUAUUAUUAUUAUUGAAAUACUGUGUUACUGAAUGCUUUAAAGUUUGUUACCUGGGGAAAUAUUUUUAUGGUUAAACUAGUGAAUUUGUUUCCCUAAAAUUGUAUCAUUUUAAUAGGUGUUUGUUUGAAAAAAAAUGUAAAUUAUUGCACUUUUGUUAUGAUGUGGUCAACUGAGGGGGAAGAUAACCGCAGGAAAAAAGUUCCAUUCCCUUAAACAAAUUGGGUCCUGCUUCAUCACGUUCUCUUGAAUUAGCCAAGUAGAGUCAGCAGCAAUAGUUGGGAUAAGCAGAUCACUAGUUGAAACAAAUCGGUUUAAAUGUUUGUACAGAUAUGGUGUAAUUCUGCCUUUUGUUGAAAGUAACCUUUUCUCUCCCCUAUGUAGUAUGGAUAGGUCUGGGGGGGCCCAACCUACAUUCUUUGAGUGCCCUAAGCUUUCACUGAAGAUGAUUGUUUUUAUGAUAGCGUGGUUCUUCCCACAUUAACUGACACUGUAAUUGGUUUGUGAUAUGCUAAUAAAUGUUGCAAAUUACAGGGAAUUGCAAUUUGGAGAUCUUGGUGUUCAGCUUUUCUUUAUUGAUGACUUUAUUUAGGAAAAGCUUUAAAUUAAGCCUAGCUUCUAAUGAGAGUCAGACGCGUUGGUCCUCAUCGUGCAAUCUGAUCCGUGCAGGCAGAUCUGUAUUUGCAGGAAUUCUCAUCCUGCUGAGGUUUUUGAGGCUGCUGCACUGGGGAAGAGAUGGGUACAGAAACAAAGGGUAUAAACUACAAUAUCUUUUCCAUUAUGGUAGGAAUUCAAACCACGGACUGAGCACAAAUAGCUGUUUACUACUGCAGAAUAUAUGGACCAUGGCUACUUUUGUGAGUGUGGGCUUUUGCUUUAUGAAAUUCCCCUUAAAAAAAAAAAAAAAAAGAUUAAAUCACGGAAUUUAAUUCUUAUUGUAUGAGUAUGCUGACAUAGGAUAGGAUCUAGUGAAACUGCAUGUUUUGAUACGAGGUUAGAAUCAGGAUUUUUCCAAAAAGUCUUCAAACAGGAUGCUUUAAUCUAAUUAGAUUUAAUUAUCUUUUGUUUCUUCAUUACUGUUUUUUACAAGUUCUGUUCAGAAUAGAGUAUCUGUUUUCUCUCAUCAUAUACUUUUCUGUGUAUUUAAGUGCUAAAACAAGAAAAAAACCUUUUGGAGCAAGUUUUUAGGAAAAAAACCCAAUGUUUUGGCAAUAUUGAAUUUGGAGUGGAUUGUAAUGUGUCUGUGCAAAGACUAGAUUAUUUUUUUUGUCAUUUUAUUUAUUGAAGAUGCCAUUAAAUGUGUUACCAAUUCUUUCAAGUUGGACUCAUGAUUGAAAUAAAGAUUAAAGGCGAUACGCCAACGUGUUAUGUCUGUUUAGCAGCAAAACUGUACAAAGAAUUUGAAAAGAUCCAAUAAACUUUGUUCUGUGGCUUAA